ACCUUUGCGGAGAAGAGCUCGAGGUGUUUUCGACAGUCCAAUCCAACCACAAAGCCCAGCCAACCAAGAGGUGAUCCCAGGGGCGAGUAGUACAUCUCACCGCAUCGCGCCUGAAUAGCCGGGGCUGCCUCGCGUCGCUCUCGAUUCUGUCGCUGCCGCCCGCGAAACGUUUUUCCAACCAAGUGCCAACUAGCGACGACACUGCGGGUUCCGGCGAUCCGCACUGGGCGCGCAUUCAGCUGGUCGCGGCGACCAUCAGCAUCGCGCACCUCGCCGCCCCCUCCACCCUCGCCCGUGCCGCGUGCCACCCGAGCGCCGCUGCAAGGCGCGCGCGGAGCGUCAGAGAGGGCGAGAGAGACAGCGACGCGGCGAUCGCGAGUCCGCCUGGGAGAUGGCGGAGCAGCAGGCAGGACCCACGCAGGUAUCGGUGAAGGACAUUCCAAAGCUCCCCGUGGAGCACGUGCGGCAGAUCCGCGAGCAGGUGGAGCAGGAGGUGAAGGUGCUUGGUGAUUCGCUCGCCAGCCUGCGGGCGGCGCUCGCCAGAAUAGACGCGUCCAGGGCGGCCGUGGAGAGCAUGGCGCGACAGAAGGAAGGCCAGAGCAUGCUGGUGCCUUUGACCGGCUCCAUGUACAUCGCUGGCACCGUGGCAGAGCCCUCCCACGUGCUCAUUGAUGUCGGCGCCGGCUACUAUAUCGAGAAGUCAGUGGAGGACGCCAUGGGGUACUGCAUUCGCAAGGCGGAGCUGCUGAGGGCCAACCAUGACAAGUUCAGCGAGGUGGCGCGUGCGAAGCGGCAGCUGCUGGAGGAGGUGACGAUGGUGCUGCAGGCGAAGGUGAGGGCCGCCGUGCAGCAGCAGGGCGCGGCAGCAGGGGGGGUGCCACCAGCCCGAGUGGAGGCAGCGGCCUCGUGACUCGCCCUGCUUGCAAUGGAAUUGUUAGUGAACCGUAGCAGAAGCCUGAUUUGUGAUAACAGCCUUCUGGUGUACCUAUGUAGUAAGUGCGCUCCAGAUGCAUGACGCACAGCAUAGGUGGGUUUCGGGAUGUAUGAAUAUUAGUUUGUCCUACAACAACGUUUCGAGCGCUCCAUGUGCAUGAGAUGAGA